AUGCUCUUCUCUCGAGUAACCUUUGCCUGGGCAAACAUGUUCUGCUUCACAAAAUUUACGAAAGCCUCCUCAUCCGCAUCAGGUGGCGCACAAUCGACAGCUUACCAGGCUACCAGUGAAAUUAUUUCAAAAUACGCCAGCAUCUCGCCGAUGACUCCAUCAAACCCUGGAAAGAUGGAAGAUACCGCGCCGUCUAAGCCCAGCUUAGCAGAUCUACACGCAGGACAACCAAUCCUGGAUGUUGUCGCAGCCGAGGUGCACUUUGGGAUAUCUUUCUUCAGAGACUACUGCGGCAUUUUAAUCAAAGGGGGUCAGAUCCAUAUGGUGUUUACAGCUCGGUUUCGGGAGACCCCCGAAAAGAUCCGUCUCAUAUCUUGCCCACAACUGAUUCACGCGCCUAAUUUGACCCCUGAAGGCCGAGAGUUGCUUCAAAGCAAACUCGAUGCUGUUCUGGGCCGUAUAACAAAAGAGGAGUGGGUCAGACUCAAGAAUCGCUACAACAUUAUCAGAAAGGAGUGGCUUAUUGUUUCUGAUGCCUAG